GUCGCGGCCGCGGCGUGAUAGUAGGAGGCGCUCUCUGCGUGCCGUGCAGUCCUGACCCAACCCAGGAGAGAAAAUAGUCGGUCGUAGAUCGUCGAACGGCGAGGAUAUAGGUUUACCAGCAGAUAUCCAACAACGACUAAUACUAGUAAUAGUAGCCUAGCACGAGAUUUAUAUAUAUAUAUAGAGAGAGAGAGUGUAUUGUACGUAAGUUGAGUAAUACAAGUGGAUUGAAGAAAACAUCACCUCCGGCACACGAAGAGAGCAGUAGCAGCCAAAUGGCGUCCAGCCCGACCGGCUACUACGAUGGCAGCCGCAUAUUCACCUGGAUCUCGGAUUACACGGGGGUCUCCAUUGAUCAAGUGAAUUUUGUCAUAAGCCAGUUCGUGGCUUUGGCCUUGGCGUCGCUGUUCCGCACGAUUCUGCAUCCGUCGAAGACCAAAGCGGCCACCAGACAUGGAUUCGGACUCAUAUUCGGCCUCAUCAUCGGAUACUUUUGCUUCGGGAUGCAGGCAAUCCACUUGGCCGGACUACCAGCUCUGUGUUACAUCGUCAUCCGCACCACGAACCCCCAGAUUAUGCAGAGAUUGGUGCUGGCUGUGGCUCUGAUUUAUCUGUCGUGCAUUCAUCUGCAUCGUCAGGUCUACGAUUAUGGGUCUUACUCGUUGGACAUAACAGGUCCUCUGAUGGUCGUGACACAGAAGGUUACCAGUCUGGCGUUCUGCAUCCAUGACGGCAUCUGCAGGAAGGAAUCGGAGCUCACGAAGAAUCAGCUGGUGUACGCCGUGAAGAAUAUACCGACGCCGCUCGAGUACUUCAGCUACGUGCUGCAGUUUCCAACUUUGAUGGCAGGACCGGCUCUCUUCUACAAGGAUUACAUCGAUUUCAUCGACGGCAAGAACUUCCCAACGCCUUCAUCCAACAACAUAAACAACAAUUCUGGUGGUAACACCUUGGUGUUGGAACCGUCGCCGGUGAGGGCAGUCUGCAAGAAGGUCACGUUGUCUCUGCUCUGCGCGAUAGCUUUCGUAAAGUUCACGCCGAUGUUCCACAUAGAAGGUGUAAAAGAUGACGACUUCGUGGAGAACACAACGCUCAUGUACAAGUUCUGGUACCUGAGCAACACCACUAUGCUAGUUAGAUUUAAGUACUACUUCGCGUGGCUCUUCGCCGACGCCACCAGUAACAACUCAGGAAUAGGUUUUGAUGGAUACCACCCCGACGGAAGCCACAACUGGGACAAAUUCUCCAAUAUCAAUAUGAUCAAAUUCGAGUUUGGUACAAAUCUCAAAGAGAGUAUCGAGGCUUGGAAUAUAGGGACCAACAGAUGGUUGAGGAUGAUCGUAUACGAGCGUGUGGACAAUUAUGCCACGAUGUUGACUUACGGACUGUCCGCCCUUUGGCACGGCUUCUAUCCGGGCUACUAUUUGACUUUUGCAAAUGGGGCCCUGUUCACGUUCGCCGCAAGAUCGAUGAGACGCACAAUCCGUAACUACUUCACCGGAAACAAGGACUCCAAGUUCAUCUACGAUGUAAUCACCUUCGUGACUACGCGUUUCGUGAUGGCUUACAUAACGUUCGCGUUCGUCUUGUUGGAGUUCUGGGGUGGCAUCAGAUUAUAUUUACAUAUGUACCUGUGCCUUCAUAUAUUAGCGCUGAUAGCUCUAUUCAUAGUGCCUCGAGUCGUGCCAAAGGUGAACCCGGGGCUCGUCUCCAAUCACCUCACGGCCAAUGGGAGCAUCGCAAACGUCCUUAAACAGGCCAGCCCAAUCACGAACAGCGUUUCGAACCACCACGACUGAUCCGUUAUAUUAUUCCCGCCCCUUACCACACGAUCCUUCCCGAAUCCAUGUUCCGUAUGUUUUCGCGCUAUUAUCAGCACUUCUCCCUAUUUGUCUUUGUUUUCGGUUCUAUAUUUAAGUUGAUACAAGAGCUCACAUCGAAGAAGAUUUCACGUGACAAUAGUUCCCCCCCCUCACAACACUCUUAUAUAAAUUUAUAUCAUAUGACAUAGGAAAUACGAGAUGAAAGAAAAUCCUUUUGAGAAAGUUCUAAAUACGACUGAUUCUGAUUAUUUAUGAAUGUGCUUCCCGUUCGGUUUUCCAAAAUUCAAUCAAAAUAAACAAAUCCUCGCGAUGCACAAUGGUGAAAACGAUAAGCAAUUUAACUUUACGUACAAGUUCCAAAGCAAAUAAAACUAAUAUGUUUAUAAUAAUAAAAAUUUUAAAUACAUUGCCAGAGCACAAACGUUGUUAUUCAUUAGAGAUUUAUAUAUAUAUAGUAUAUUAUACAUAUAAUAUAUAUUGAGGAUAUAUUAAGCUUUUUUUAUAUUGUAUUAUAUUUGAUUUAUGUUGAUGCGCUUCUUUAGUUAGUGAGAUAUUUUCGUUUUUUUUUCUUGGAUUUUUUAUUAGGAGGAUGGAAUAUUAUUAAAGGUUAAUUAAUAUAUUUAUAAAUAUAUAAAGAAAGGAAAAGAAGAGAAAACUAUAAUACUAUAGUUGAUAGUAACACUUAUCUUGUGAACGAGAGACAAAGUUUCUGAAAAUGUACGCUUAAGAAUAUAUUUGAUAUACAAGCAAAUUAUAUAAUUAUUAACAAAAAGGAGUUAUAGAUAGGAAGAGAGAAACCAAGGCGAAAUUAUUAAUAAACAAAACAAAAAAAAAAUCGAUUAAUUUAAAAGUGCAUUUCUUUAUUUUCUGUUCUGUUUCACACACGUUCAAUGACAUUUUAUACGUUGUAUGUUAUUUUGAACAUGUAAAUAUUUAUAUAAUUAUGAUUUCUAAUGUUGUGUCUUCCUGUUUACAUGAUGAAAUCGAGACAAAAAUGAAACCCAAAUAUCACUACUAAUAAAGAAAAAAAAAUAUUAAUAAUGCACAUUUUAUUACAAUCUAAA